CUCCUGCUACUUGACAGAGGAACACGCCUAAAUCUAAUCAAGUCAGCUUUCACGAGGUGGCCGAUUCGCGCGCGCCGAAUUGAUCGUCUGCGCAUGACGCAAUGACUCAGAUGCACGCUUUGCUGCUCGAUGCAUAGGAGUCUAGUUAUAGUCAUAACAACUCUAAGCCUGCUACCGAUCGGACUGGAAAUACUUUCAACGCGUUUUAGCCUACAAACAGACAAAACCUACUUCUCGGCACGAAACUUAUUUGGGAAGCUUGUCAACACCGGGCGACGUUGCUCCCUGUAAACGUUGUCUUUCUCCAAAACAACGCGACUGGUUCUGUGGAGUCGACAUUCAAGCCAGCAUGAACCAUAUAUGUUGGAUCCCUGUACUCUUAUGUGCAGUUGUUUUGACUCGGUAUGCUAGAGCAGGAUUUAUCGUCGAACCUUUCUCGACAGAAGGAAUUCAAUCAGAAACUGUUGUACUACCAUGCACAAUAUUAAACGAACCUGGUGCGAUUGUAGUUUGGUAUAGAAACAAAGCGCAGCUGAGUAUAGAUAAAACCCUAGUGGAGAGUUUGGACUCUGAUGUACAAGCGAGAUUCUCUGUCGUUGGCAAUCAGACGUUUGGGGAAUUUAAUCUUCAGAUUACAAAUGUCAAACCUGCAGACGAAAGUCAGUAUUAUUGUUCGUUCAUCAGUCGCUUUGGAGGUGCCUCUUCAGUGGUAGCCACCUUGACGGUUUUGAUUCCACCCAGCGAGGGAUAUCCUAGAUGUUCGGUGACGGCAGAGACCCCACAGAAUACUAAGAAUGCCUUCUGGCCAGGUGAAGUGGCUCUUCUCACUUGCGAGUCAUUGGGAGGUGACCCUGCAGCAAAUCUUACGUGGUACCGAAAGAACUGGACAGUGUCCCAUGCUACCAAGCAUACUAAUGUCUACAGGAGGAUACUUACACCAGGAGAUAAUGGAGUCACCUUCAUCUGUGAAGCGACCAGUAGUGCUUUACGAGAGCCCCGACGUUGUGAGGUCACACCUAUGAGUAUUCCACCAGAAGUCCAUGUACGACCUCUGACAAACUCUGUACCAUUCGGAACCAACGCCACCUUCCAUUGUGAGGUCAGCGCCAUAACACGAGUCCAGGAGUACAACUGGUUUAUCGAGGGAACCCUCCUGACCCCCGAGACACCGGGUAUCGUCUUUGGCAACAAUGGAAAAGUCUUAGUGAUCGCAAAUGUGCAGAUGGAGCAUGAUAGCAAACCAGUGGAAUGCGAGGCAGUUAUCAAGAAUCGGUUGGUAGCGAGAGCUAGUACGACUGUAGUGGUCAUUCCACCUAGGAAGACGUCACCACCACUACCCUCUAACCCCACCGAGAAAGUUACCAUCAUCCAGGUCGAGAAGUCAGAGGUACCAACCUCGCAUCCCAUUCUCUCAGCUAACAUGAAUCUCAUCAUCGUCAUCGUGUCAGGGUCCCUCAUCGUACUCCUCCUCCUCAUCGCCAUUAUCAUGGGCUGCUGGGUCUUCGGCUUCCGCAAGCCGCGAAGACCUCAUACAAGGGUCAACAUCGACUACGGCGAAGUCCCUGUCGAUAUGCCAUUGGACGGCAUCAGCCACUAUUCCGUGCCAGCAGCUCUCUUCAGCACCGAGAUUCCUGAUUCAAGAUUGAACGAGUCUUUCCAUCAACCGCGUCACUAUGAUGAGAAUACAUCAGGCUACAUAUCAGCACUUUAUGCCACACUGGAUAAAAACAAAAGAUACCCGCCUAAAAUGACCAGUUCGACAUCGCUACCGGAGAAGCCUGUAGCCCAGAUUACUCCGACAGCGGGUAGGAACGUGGUCCCGCAUUUCGCCGCCGCUUCCACCAUCGACAAAAGAAAGUCGACGGGAGCAAUCGCGUAUUCGGAUCUGAAGGAUUUAGACAAUGACCCCGACUUCAAGAAGGGGUGCAGCUGUGACUGUAAGGCUGAUGAUUCUGGAAAAGAGGAUCCUGAAACAGAACAAUAAAUGUGACGAUGAUCAUCAUCAAGUGCUACAGAUCUUCUUGCUAUUUGAGAACUUUGGAGAUUACGUUCUGUAGAUCUGACUUUAACAUUCCGCGAUAAAGUCGUACAGAAUAUAAAGCUGCAAAAACUGUCAUGUGCAAUCGAAUGGUAAACGCAACUCAAGGAUAAUAAUCAUGAUUACAAACCUCUUAAUGCUUUAUCUAACUCAAAUAAUAUGCUUGUAUUCAUUAUUUCUAUUUUUCUACAGAAUCUUAUUCACCUGGCAAAACUCUAUCAAAUCUAUUCAAAUUUAUCAAAGUAUUCAAAAAAGAUAAUAUCAUGUUGUGACGUACUCUAUUUUUGUAUGAGAUUUAUAUAUUAUAAAUUGUGUUUAUAAGAGCUAGUGUUAUUGCAGACAAAAUAUUUUUGUUUAUACUUUAGAACAAAGUUCAAGGCAUUUUACAUUGUUUAAUUUCCUUUGAUAUGAUUACGAUGUGUUCUCUUUUCGUUAAAUUGUAUUUUGUCAUUUCAAUUUAGUACUUUGAUUCCUUUCUUCUAUGUUUUUAUCUCAUUUCUUUUAACUAUUUCAUUCAGAUCACAAACAUUCUACUUUCGCUCUUCCUCUCUCUCUUGGCUAAAUCUAUGUAUUUCUCUUUUUCAUUUUUCAUUUUGUCUUUUUGUCAGUUUUUCAUUUUUUUUUUCUCUCUCUCUCUCUCUUUCUCUUUCUCCUUCUUUAGUUUUCUUUUUCUAAGAGAGCAUAAUUAUUCUGCACCGAACACCAUAAUCAUUUAGUAAUCAUAAGUUUAUAUAAAUGAAACAUGAAUUCCUUUUGUCAAAAGACAUGUAGCGCAUUGUAUUCUAAAGCAACACAUAAACGUGCAUUAAGUGUAAGAUAAUUCAUAGUGUAAGUACAAAUAAUGUAUAUUAGCUGUAUAUAGUGCUGUCUAUAUUGUACAUUCUAAAGGUUAUAUGUAAAUAUUAAAAAAACACUCUGUGAAAUACUAUGUAUGAUGCAUUUAUUUUCUGUACUUGUUUCUUUCUUUAAUACUUUAGGCUUUGUCUACAUUGUCAUUUCAGUAAAGUUAGGAUUCAUUUAAAUCUAUCCAAUACGGCUAUAGUCUAUGAUAUUUCUGGGAUUAUUCAUAUAUUUAUUAUAUGAUUUCAAUGUUGUUUGAUAUUGAAAUUUUCACGCCACAUAUAACUAUCCUAUGUCUACAUUUUGAACAUGUACGCCUUGUCAUCUGCAAUCUUAGGUUCCCUAUAGACUAUAAUACAUGAUAAUGAUGCACUUUAUAAUUCAACAAGUUAUGCUUCCAAAACUGCAUACCUAAUUAUCAGAUUGUCGCUUGUAUCCUAUUUGCCACGUACGUGCUCGGAAAGCCGUGUUUACAACGUGGCAAAGUAGGCUCAACGGCGGAAAAGAGCGAUUUGUCAAAUGGUGCGCGCUCUGCAGCACUGCAAAAAUUAUAUAGUAAAGUCAAUAGCACCGAUAUGUUCGUAUUCAUGAUUUGAAUUCAGUGUUGCAGUACGUAAAUAAAAUGGCAGACACAAAUAAGAGCAUUAUUUUAGCUUGUACAAUAAUCUGCUUCAUACCUCGACAUGACAAUGUAGACAGAGCCAUUUUGGUGAUAUAUGCCGGUGAAAUGAAGACACUAUGUCUGCGAGAUUUUCAUCUUCAAAACACGAUGAAAAUAUAUGUGACUAUUUGUCAGAUUGCCAACAGUCAGUGUUUAUAUUCUGUUGAAGACGUAUUAUUUAUUUCGAAUAAAUUCAUAUUAUGGCAA